AGUUCCGCCGACAAAAACAAAACAAACAACGAAUGUCGAGUUUUAUUUUUAUGUCAUAUUCCGUGCUCCAGUCUCUUUGUUUUUUGGUCCAAAUUCAACCCCGAACUGAUGUAAGUGAAGUCAACUGGUGGAAAAUAAGAAGGCAACUUUUGAAGUUUUCGUGGGCACUGAUUUGCAGAGUGCUCGUGACCAACAGGCAACAGAUAAAAUGGCCCAAUCCAUAUUGCAAAUUUGCAAGCUGUCUUCCAAAACCAUCCAAAACCAAGGAAUUUAUAUUUGCAAGGUUGAAAAUGGAGAUUUUUAUUUCUCCAGCCAGAAGACGGAUGGUGGAAAAUACCCCACUUUACUUUCCAUUUGGUGGUAAACAAUCAAGAAAUAUCCUGCGAGACUUUAAAGGACCUCAGAGUAAACAAAUUCAGGUCCUCUUUCUUAAUUGUCAAGAUUUAAAGAAUGUGCUCUGCACGGUAGCAUCCAAGACCAACAUCAAUGGUUUUUGGCACAUGCAUUUAAAUCAUUCUUGUCCAGUUUCACUUGCUCGCAACAUCCUCAUUUUGAAAGUGAUAUCCUCAGAUUGUUUCAAUGUUGAGAAUGCAAAAGAUUUAAGCUAUUUGUGGGACCUGUGGUAUAAUUUUCAAUGGCCGAAAUCAACCCUGGAUAGAUUCACAGCAGACAUCAAAGAACUAUUAGAGAUGUUUGAGAGAAAUCUCCAUUCUGAGUUUUGUUUCUCAAUGGAAGGCUACCAAGUUGCUGAAUUACUAAGUAUAUGGAAAGGUUGGCUUUUAGCGCUUACUAAAAGCCUCACUCAAUCAUUGAAGUCUGAGAAAAUUCUGAAAGAAAGGGUGCAAUUCCUAACUGGCACAGGUAUAGAACAUAUCAUGAGCAGCUUUAUGACGAAAGUUCCUGGACUUAAGAGAAGAGUCUUCACAGGAGAUUUGGAUGAAUUAGUGUAUUUACGUGAAGCAGCCAUGGCUAUCGAAGAUUUUCCGGCAUCGUUGAAAAGAAAACUCGUCCAGGAAACCAAACUUUACUUCGAAACCGGGAAUUGCAAUUUGGGAAAAAUUGUCGAAAGGUCAGCUCUUAAUCCUACGCUUCUCGAACCGGACACACUCUGUUGGCGAAUCGACGGUUCUUCUUGUCCAUUUGACAGUUAUCUUCCGCUUUCAUUGAAUGAAUUGGAAACUACUAACUCAGUUGAGUGUGUUGCCACACGUUACUGUCAGACAGCACUUCAAAAGCUGGUGAAGAACUAUAAAAAAUUCAAAAAUAAUGUCCAUAUCCAUUUCCGAUGGACUGAAGACCUUAAAAUUUGUCACGCUGAAACCACUUUGAAAUUUGACGCGAUUGAUUGCUCAACUUUGGCAGAUGAUGUCGGAUUGGCCAACGUUAUUUUGUCAGGAAGAGAGUUGCUGAACACUAAUUCACCGGAUGCUCUGCUGAUAACCGGAAGUUCCGAUUGGAGUAAGACUUCGCUAACUGUGGCAAAAUACGUUGAAGAGUCACUUUGCGCACCUAUUAGCAUGGUGCCGACCAUUUACGGGCUGCGAUUGGCUGACGCUAUUGAGUUAGGCUCCGCUAUCCUACAAGAAAGAGAAAAUCCUCCGACAACUAUAAAUUGGCAUCCAGUUCCUCAAUUUGAGAAUGUUUCACUUGGCGUUUCUCCUUCCUUGGAACGUUGCAUGAAGAACCUAGAGAAAAUGUGUUAUUUCAUUGAAGCAGAGGACAAAAUGCCACUGGAGAAAUAUUGCUUGGAUAGAUACUUGACUCCUCUGACUUUAGAUUUUGUGGCCUCUCGUCUAGCUGAAAAAACUGGAAAGCAAGAAGGAGAUCGUCGGAUGAAGUUUUUCCAGUCUAAACUUCCUCGUCAGUUUUCUCUAGCUCAGAAAACAUUGGAUGACUGGGCUGAACGCCGCCCAGUCUCGCUAGUGACCAGCGGUCAAAUGUUCUCUCCAGUACUAUCGAGGCUUUUCAACGAAAACAAAGUGGCCUUCAAAGCACCAAAUCUCAGGAUCCUAUUGGUUCCCAGCAUACAAUAUGUUAAUAAAAAGACACAGAUGUAUCAAACUGCCCAUUCUUCACAGUUAAGUGAGAGACAAAAACAGGAAGAACUGCAAAAUGACUUUCCUGUCAAUUGGGCAAAGAAGAUGUCUGACGUUCAUUACAUCGACAAUUUUUUCCUCAACUACAAGAAGAAUCCAGACGGUUCAUUUAAUUCCGUGUAUGCUGCGUUUCUUCUGCCACGCGAUCAUGGAUUGAACAACACGCAUUGCGGAGUACUCAUUGAUUUGGGAACAGGCUAUUCGCAGAUGUUUCUUGGCUUCGUUAAAGAUUUCCGCCAAACGGUAUUUGAAAACCCUAUUUUUACAACCAAAGGAUUCUCUCCACCGCCAUCCAAUGUGAUUCUGAAAGAACCAAGCAUGAAAGCUGUCAACUGUCUAGAGUCAGAGAAUGAUUACACAGUCCAAAUCAGCAUUCACACCAAGGAAGAUCCGAAAGGUUUAAGCAUUUCCACCGAUCAGCAACUUCCAUGUGAGGCUGGACACCGAAUCACUUUGUGUCUUACUCAACCGGAAGGAAUGAAGCCGCUGACAAUGUGCUUCCCUCAUGCUUUCUUGGCUGGAUGUAUCGAAGCUACUCUGCGUCGUUCUGAUCGUUCCAUCCGACUAGUGCUGAAGAAAGCUUUGCGUGAGCCAUGGCCUUGCCAUUUCAAUGAGAAACAGAAAUUGAACGUGGACCAGUUGAGCGUGUGGAAGGAACCGAAUCCAGACGAUCCCGUUUCUCGAAUUAUGAUCCACAUGGGCGGUACAACAGACGUGAAAUCAAUUCGUUCCUCUUGGGAAUCCUCUGUUGAUCUGUCAAAAUUUUCGAAUCUCCCACCUUUAAAAACUGUCCGCAUUGCCACGUCUUCUAUUUUUGCUCAUUCUGAAUACGGCAAAGAAUUCUUUAAUGUUGCUACCAUUCGCGAUCAACAAAACCCUCUUUUUAGUAUUCGCGUUCAUCUUCCCGUCAAAGUGACGCCAUGGGGAAGCCCAAUGAUAGUGAUAACUGUGUUAGAUCAUCAUUAUGCUAAAAAAUUGAUCGCAAAUGGAAAUCUACAGGCCAAGCAGUUUCAUGAAGAUUAUCAACGCAUCUUUAAUGGGAGAAGGAAUCGGCAACCGUUUCCUGUGUGGACUACAUCGGAAGACGCAACUCUUCUUCUUCGUUACGUACUUCGCUUGAAUGCUGCUAAAAUGAAGCCCAGUUUAUGGCAAGAAGAAAAUGUACCAUUGGGAAAGUUCAGUCCCUUCUUAGCGUCAUUUAUCUCUCCACUGUAUCUGGAUAAUCAGUACCAGGAAAAUGAAGAAGAAGUUGAAGCUGAAAAGAUUAAAAUUAAUUCUUUCAAGAAGGAGCACAAUAUUCCCCUGUAUGAUCCGAGUGUUUGUUCACGAUGCAUGAGAAAGAGUGCAAAACUCAAGCGUUGUUCAAGAUGCAAAGCUGUGAAUUAUUGCACAGUUGACUGUCAAAAGGCCGAUUGGAGUACGCAUAAGGCUUGUUGUGUCGUUCCAAACACAGAAAAUGAGACGAUGGACAAGAUUAAGGAGUUGGUUGACUUGAUGAUGAACAGCGUACAAAAAUAGCCCAUUUUCCCCUCCCCUGAGUGUUUGAAAAAUCGGCUCUCCUUGUGUUGUGUUUCGUUUUGAAAGUUGAACUUUUUUCAUAAUCAUUGUUUGCGUGUGCUGAUUUUCAAGCAAGUUCCUUAAUUCAGAAGAAAUAAAGAAAAAAAAAACGAUCUUGUA